GAAGCGCUCGGCGCCUGGCUUUGCGCGCGCGGGUGCACCGAUCAAGAGUGCGAGGUCGCCACCGGCCGUCGCCGCCGAACCCGGCUAGAGUCCCCGCCCCUUGCUCCUGCAGAUAAUGCUCAAAGACGCUCGGGCGCCCACCCUGGCAAACUGACGAGACAGCUAGCUCCCUUUCCGCCCUGACUGCAUGGUCUAACUUUGGAGCGCUUUGCCUGCCACUUCUUCCAGGGUGCAGGGAACCGCGGAGGCAGAGCCUCGCGUCCCGCUGCAGUCUGCGCCCUCGUCGCCUCCGGACGCGCAGUGCCCGGGUCCUUCCCCAACGGGGCGCUCUGUUUGCAGCAGUGUGUGAGGACUCGGGGCGGCUGCGGAGGCCGCCGUCCCGCUCGGCUCAGCUCUCCCCGGGAACUUCACACUGGAGAGCCAAAAGGAGUGGAAGAGCCUGUCUUGGAGAUUUUCCCGGGGAAAUCCUGAGGUCAUUCAUUAUGAAGUGUACUGCGCGGGAGUGGCUCAGAGUAACCACAGUGCUAUUCAUGGCUAGAGCAAUUCCAGCCAUGGUGGUUCCUAAUGCCACUUUAUUGGAGAAACUUUUGGAAAAGUACAUGGAUGAGGAUGGUGAGUGGUGGUCGGCCAAGCAAAGAGGGAAGAGGGCCAUCACAGACAAUGACAUGGAGAGUAUCUUGGACCUUCAUAAUAAAUUACGAAGUCAGGUGUAUCCAACAGCUUCUAAUAUGGAGUAUAUGACAUGGGAUGUAGAGCUGGAAAGGUCUGCAGAAUCCUGGGCUGAAACGUGUGUGUGGGAACACGGACCUGCAAGCUUGCUUCCGUCAAUUGGGCAGAACUUGGGAGCACACUGGGGAAGAUACAGGCCCCCGACAUUUCAUGUGCAAGCAUGGUAUGACGAAGUGAGAGAUUUCACCUACCCAUACGAACAUGAAUGCAACCCGUAUUGCCCAUUCAGAUGUUCUGGUCCUGUGUGUACUCAUUAUACACAGGUGGUGUGGGCAACCAGCAGCAGAAUAGGCUGUGCCAUUAAUUUGUGUCAUAACAUGAACAUCUGGGGACAGAUAUGGCCCAAAGCUGUCUACUUGGUGUGCAAUUACUCCCCAAAGGGAAACUGGUGGGGCCACGCACCUUACAAACAUGGACGACCCUGUUCUGCUUGCCCGCCUAGUUUUGGAGGGGGCUGUAGAGAAAAUCUGUGCUACAAAGAAGGGUCAGACAGGUAUUAUCCUCCCCGAGAAGAAGAAACAAAUGAAAUUGAACGGCAGCAGUCACAAGUCCAUGACACCCAUGUUCGGACAAGAUCAGAUGAUAGUAACAGAAACGAAGUAAUAAGCACACAGCAAAUGUGCAUGGAUAUCCUGAAAAUGGACAGCACUUGGAAUCAUACCAAUGAUGAAUUCAGAGCACAUGGAGCCGCAGCUCAGAGCUCAUACUGGAGAAGGCUGCAGUGGAGGACAGAGCUUUGCGUUCUGCUGUCCAGUAUCUGCAGAGCAGCAGUACAUGCUGGGGUGGUUCGAAAUCAUGGUGGUUAUGUUGACGUCAUGCCUGUGGACAAAAGAAAGACUUACGUCGCUUCUUUUCAGAAUGGAAUCUUCUCAGAAAGUUUACAGAAUCCUCCGGGAGGAAAGGCAUUCAGAGUAUUUGCUGUUGUGUGAAAUGGAACACUUGGAAGAGGAUCAUAAAGACUAUUCCAAAUGCCAUAUUUCCGAAGUUUGUAUAAAACUGUAACAUUACUGUACAGAAGAUGUCAACUAUUUUCAGUCCAAAAAAGUGCCAAAUGCAUAUAAAUCUUGAUAGACAAAGUCUAUGGAAUAAAACAUGGGACAUUAGCUUUGGGAAAAGUAAUGAAAAUGUAAUGGUUUUAGAAAUCCUGUGUUAAAUAUUGCUAUAUUUUCUUAGCAGUUAUUUCUACAGUUAAUUACAUAUUCAUGAUUGUUCUACAUUUCAUAUAUUAUAUGGUGCUUUGUGUAUGCCACUAAUAAAAUGAAUCUAAACAUUGAAUGUGAAUGGCCCUCACAAAAUGAUCUGGUGCAUUUAAAAAUAGUCAACUCUAAAGCUGAAAGAAACCUUAUCAUCACAUUUUCCCCAGUUCAGUGUUAUGGCAUUACCUACUCCAAGUAAUCUCAAACUAUUUUCCACUUAAUACCUGUACAGUUUUUUUUUCUGUUAAGUUUAGGCAUAUAGAAUAUUAAGUUCUGAUAUUGCACUUCUUAUUUUGUAUAAAAUAACCCUUUAAUAUCCAAAUGAAUCUGUUAACAUGUUUGAUUCCUUGGGAAUGGUCUUACUUAGUCAGAGUUAGUGGUAUGAAAACAUUCCUGGUGAUCGUAUAGUAAAUAUAGGGUUAAGCAUGGGCAGCCAGAGCUUUCUAUGUAUUGUUAAAAUUGAGGUCACAUAUUUCCUUUUGUAUCCUGGCAAAUACUCCUGCAGGCCAGGAAGUAUAAUAGCAAAAAAUUUAACAAAGAUGAGCUAAUGUAUUACAUCACCAUUGCCACUGAUUUUCUUAAUGGUAAAUGGCCUUGUGUAUAAAUGUUGCCAUAUUAUGGUACUUAUAGUGGUGAUAUAUUUGUUUCUAUGAAAAAUGUAUUGUGCUUUGAGACUAAAAAUCUGUAAAAUGUUACUUUUGGUGAUGUUUUUUGUCUGCCGGUGAAUUUACUCUUUUCCUAUAAACAUAUUAAAAUGAAUCAUGUUUC